AUGCCCUGCUUCAAGGGCAUCGCCGUGAGCAUCCAUGCGAAUUCUGCCCCGCUCCCAGAAUAUGGCAUGCAAAAGCAGUCUCGUCUAUCUCGCAUCAGCACAUACAUACCUGUUCCUCAACCUCAGCUAAACCCGGAUACCUCUAAACAUGAGGCAGCCAAGUUCGCCAUUUCGAUAACGCUCUUAACACCCGGUCAUCCCAUCCCCUAUACCGCUCCGAAACCGACUGCAACCAAUCCCUACCCGAAACCUCUCUACGCGGGGCCUCUGAUGUCCACGAGCUCUGAUCCUUCCAAGCAUGCCAACACGGUCACACCAUAUAUUCCCAUGACGAACUCGGAGAACGAGACUAUUGCUGCGUACAUCUACUUCGACGGACGAGCUAAGGAAGAAGUCGCCACUCUAUUGCGACCGGGAGAAGAAACUUGGGUAAAUAGUCGUUGGGUUCAAGUUCCCGAGAGCGAAGGUGGUGGCCUCGCCGAACGUGAAUUUUUAUUCCGAGAGGUCGGCUUAGAACGAUGGCUCAAUGGUCUAGAUCUCAAGGGCCACGACGCCGCAGAGAAGGUCGAGAAACGAAGACAGAAGUUCGAGCGACGUCAUCGCCGCCAAAGGUCCACCCCUCACGGCGGUGACGCAGAAACGGGGAAGGCCCCUCGUCCCCGCGAUACCUUGGCGUAUGGUGGGGAGGACCAGUCACCGCUAGAAACCCCUGAUGAUUCGGACGACUCCUCUAUGUCUGACGACGACGAACCCCCCGAGGCUACUGGCCAGAUCAAAGUGGCUAUGUUUCGUGUGAUUGCUUCUGGAGAGAUCAAGAAAGGGGAAUAUUCACCACAGUUUGAUGCCCACGAUGAUGAUGACGAGAGCGAUAGUGGGACCAAGGGGGGUAAUAAUGGAGCGAUCGAUGCCGAUGUUGAGCAUACCACUAGUUUUGCUAAGCCAAAGACGCUCGAUCCUAAGACCAUUAGUACUCAGACCGUGACUGGCAUAGAUGGACCGGAUAAGCCCUAUGCAGUAUUUACAUUCUUCUACCGUGGCCAACGUCAACUCAGCAAGAUGGGAUUAUUCCCUAGUUCAAAAAGCGACCAGAAGGCGCCGGGUACAAAGCGGCGGUCUACCCAACUCGACUUUUCAGGGCUUGGUCCUCUCAAAACUACUGGGACAGUAGGCUUUUCGGCUUUCAGAGACCAGGAAGCUGAAGCUGCAAAGAGGAGAAAGGCUCGCAGGAAGAGUAAUGGUACCAACGGCAACCUUAUGGACGAAGACAGUGAUGACGAUGAUGAUAACGAUAACGACCCCCUGGCUAAGAUGGUAGAUUCUGACGAUAAGGACGUCAAGACUCACCUAGCACCGGAAGAUGCCAGGGUUACUGGGGAGCUACAAGCCGGUAUUGACCGCAUUCGCCUCAAGCGACAGCACUCCACAGAGCCAGACGCCGCAGGUGCGUCGGGUUCUCAAAAGUCGCCCAGCGCAGGUCUCACUGGCGGAGAAUCGACGCCUACAGAUUCUACGUCAAGCAAUCAACCUAUGCCCAAUUCCGUUGCAAAUCUGCUUGCGAAUGCUUUCAAUGGCGAAUCAACUAUAGGAAGUCCUCUAAAGAAGCAACGUGCAGAUGACGAGACAACAGAUCGUUCCAUCAAUUUCCCGUCGGCUUUGGGUGACGUGCUAGGCAGGGCUACUGCGGAUCAGGAGAAGAAGAUAAAAGAAGAGCAGGUUAAAGUUCAACUCCAGUUCGGCGAAGAUGAAGAGCUUUGA